CCACAGACAAAAUCAAAAGGUUUCCAUCUAUUACACGUAAGUUUUUUCCUUUCAUAUAUUCUUCUUAAGCUACUUUAGUCGAGAUGCUUAUCAUUGUGCUUUAUUUUAGAAAUUUGUGUCACCCAAUCUGGAAAUCAGUCGCAUCACUGUAAGUAAAAUUAACAUCAGCGCAUACGAAUGUCACAGCAUGCUAAAGGUUUUUCGGUUCUAGAUGAAGAAUUACCAUAAUAGCCACAAGAGACCUAAGCUUGGCUUGUUUAACAAGGGAAAGUCAUCAGCAAAUGGAAUUUCAAUACCAGAACUGGUUUUUUCAGAGAAUAAGUUUUUAACAAGGAAGCAUUAUAUGAUGGCUGAAGGAAAAGUAUCAUCAGCAAGGAAUAGCCUUCCAUCAAACGCAAAGGCUUCGUAUAAUACUGUCCUCUCGAGGAAGUGUGAAGAAGCAAAAAAUCGAACGCCUUCCAUUUCCAAAUUCUUUUCGAACAACAAUGGCAGCCAUCGCUUAUCUUUGUCACCCAUAAACAGCGCGGCAACAACCAAUGCUUCCAUGUUACGAAAAAAGACAAUAUCAAGCAUGAAAUCGUGUUCGAACAUUAAUGAAGCAUUGAUCAAUACAGGAACUGCAGUUUGUGACAGGUCGAAAACAUUACCAAGUUCAAUCAAUGAGAGAAAACAAACAAAGGCAGUAAAUAAUACCGUGGCUACUGGUAUAAAUAGUACAGCCACUAGUGUCUCUAGCCAGCAUUGUAGUUCACCGGUUACUUAUCGUUUGCGUAAUUUACAGGACCUCUUUGCUCAGAAUCAACAUCAGCAGCAUAAUGAUGGAAUAACUGACAGACUGACUGAUUCUUUUUCCUCACAACGAGCUCAGCCAAAUCAGAAUCGACGCAAUGCUCUUGAUAAGAACAAUACUCCGCUUGUCAUAUCAGUCUCUUCAUUGUCGUCAUCGUGCUCUAAUGCUAGUAUUAAACAACUACUAAGAGAAUGUCAAGACUCGAUCUUGUCUUAUUGCUCAUCUAACGCUAAUUGUAAUACACAAUAUCAACAGAAUUGUAAGCCAACACGUGCGGUAUGGAAACCGGCAUUGCAGGCCGUUUCAAAUACCCCCGUUUUGCAGUUGAUGCCUUCUUAUGCGCCUCCACGACCUUGCUACUAUCCAUCAUCAGCGUUUUUCUCAAAUUCUUCCUCAUCUCUUGUAUUUUACAAUGAUUAUAAUCAAGCACUCGAUCAACCACAACAUCAAAUGCAACAUCGACAUGCCACUGCUACGUAUUACAAAUGUGAUAAUCGCACUACUACUAUGAGUAAAUCAAAGAAAGAGGGUAUGGUUUAUGCUGAUGAUAGUGAGGAGAGUUGUAUAAUGUAUGACAGAUUUUCAUUUGCCCAACAUUAUCAGGAACAAAAGCAGCAGCAGCCAACACCAUCUACAUUUCAUCCAUCAACUCCAUCUCAAUGUCGUCAACAGGCCUCCUACUAUUAUUCUCAUUCCACCACCGCCACCACUGAUCAGCAACAACAGCAAAGUCACCAGUACGCUGAUAAUCAGCUAUCUUCUAUUAGUAAAACAAAUCACAACAAAAGGAACAUAAUAGCAAUCAGCAUUUCGAGUGAUAAUAGCAGUAGUGUUAAGGAUAGCCAUUCUUUUGUAUCACCAAUCCAAGACAUUGAAAGCAACAAUUUAAAAUGCCAAAUCCGGAAUAAUCACACCCUUAAUGGCAAGUGCAACAACAGCAUCAGCUACAUUAGUAGUAGAAUGAAAUCCGCUAACAGCAAUGACAGUGACAACAGUAGUCUUAUAUUACUUGAACCAACAAUGGCUGUCUUUAAUGACGAGCGAAAUUCUGUCAAUGAUAGUAUUAAUGAUGAAGAAGAGGAUUUGAACUUACAGAAUUUCUGGUUGGAACAAUCAUACAAAAGAAAAUUAUAAUAGUAUCUAUUAGUAACUUCAUUUAUCAUAAGUGGUUCUAAUAAAUAUUCAUCCGUGUUUAACGUAUUUUAGUCUUCUUUUCCAGCAUUUAAUUUGGCAUAAAUCAAAUCCAAAUUGGGCAAACCUAAUUCAGUCUACAUGGAGUGAGGAAACGAGCGUGGAUUAAUGUUUUUCA